AUGGGCCCGCGGGUGCGGCGGCAGCAGCAGGCGACUUCAGGGGGCGGCCCGCGGCGCCCGGGCCACAACAAAGCGCCAGCAGGCGGCCGGGGAGGACGGCGAGGGCGCGGGCGCGGCGCGCAGCAUCCUCCCAGCGGCCGCAGACGCCCGGGCCUGGCGCUCCGCAGCCCGGCUCCGGCCGACAGCGGCGGGAGGAGCGGGAGGAGGAGGAAGAGGAGGAGGAAGGGAGCGGGAGGAGGAGGAAGUGGUGUAGCUCAGUCCCGGGAUCCGGCUCCGCGGCAGGCAGGGUUGCGGAAGACCGGAGCGGAUUCGGCCCGGCGGUCAGGGCCGAGCUGGGCUGGGGACCCGAGCUCCAAGGUCCCUCCCGUCUCUACCUGCUCGAGCUCCCGAAGUCACCGCGACUUAAGGUGCCGUGCCGGGGCUGCUGGCGCCACUAGCGAAGCCCAGCUCGCCGCUGGAAGGACGCUCCGGACACUGCGAAUGAAUGACGACAACGCGGCUCACUUGGAGCGGGUCCGGGUUUCCACGGUUCCUCCGCGGGCUCUGCGCGCCGAGCUGGGCAGCUGCGGCUGGCUUCGGGGGAACCUUCGGGGGAGCCUUCUGGGAACCAUGUGCCAAGCGCUGGGCCCGCCGCCCAUCCCAACAGGGAGGACGCCGCCAGCCUGCGUGGGAGAUCUGGAGGAUAGUUCAGCGCGCGCGCACACACACACAGCUCCUCUUUCCGAAUGAUGGAGAUUUAGCAGACUCUGCUUUGUCGUGGAUACUGGGCGAUCCUAGGGACUUUUCUCUUUCCAGAUGAGCAAAGAUUCAAAUGAGACUUUCUUGUGUGGGCUUCAAAAUUGUGACUUUUGUAGCUCCGACCUGAAUUGUUGAAUUUCUUCAAAUAGUCGAAUGAGCAAAUCACCAGACAUUCUAAUGAGACUGGCAUUGCACCUGGUCGCUUCCUACCCCUUGAACUCUCAAGGAAUGAAGUUUCCCUUGAUGUUAACACACAGACUGAUCUGCCUCUUCCAGCUAUCAGUGGAAACUUCAUAUAUUUAACACAGAUUCAAAAAGGUCAUUUGGCACUUAUGGUCACAGUGUAGUGCCUUCAGUCACAAAAUCUGCAAAUAAAAAGCAAGCAAUAAG